UAUAACUGUAAUUUUGCUACUGCUAUGACUUAGGCGGCUCCUGUGAAAGGGUCUUUCGACCUCCAAAGGGGUCACGGCCCACAGGUUGAGAACUGCUGAGUUAGAGGAACUUUGGCCAGUGUGGGAGACAGAAACCCAAUGGGGAGCCCUUGAAGACAGCAGGUGCUCUCUCGGCUGUUUUCUGCUAGCUUUGUAGAACAGUGUGAACUCACCUCUGCCCUCCAGCCAAGGGGCCAUAAACAGGACAUGCUGUAUGACCUGGAGGUCUGACAUUCAUUCCUCUGCUUGUCCAUUGGAGUAACCAGGCUGAGGCCAGUUGCCAAGCAACCCUGGAUAUAAUAUAAGCAGAAGAACCUAUCCAAAAACUGUUACAUUCCCUUUGCCAUUUUUCUGUUUUCUUUUCCCUUUGAGGAUGGAGAGAUACUAGUUUUGGGUGGGAGGAGGUAAAGUGUACUGAUUUGAUAUCUGAUUGUGAGAAUCUUACUGUUUUAAUCUCCCUGUUCCCAGCUCUAGUCAGAUAACUCGGUGUUAAAUUAAAUGCCAUGACAUCUUUCAGAGAACCCCCUGUUCCUGCAUAGAUAGGGAAAAGAGAGGUGAGCUCCCUUUGGUCUCCACACAGACACCGAGUAUUGGUGAGGAACUUAGCUGAUAGUAAAGGCAGCUUUUAUCGCCACCCUAUCAGUUGAUUUUAAUAAGGCACAGUUGCACACAUGGUGCUUCCCCUUUGACUGCACCAGACAGACCACUUUCCCUUACGAGGGAGGGAAGAUCCAAUCCAAGGUGCUUAAGCAGAAAGGGAAUGCACUGUGGUCUAUAGCUGGAAGCCCAGGGAUGUCCUGACUUUGGACAAGCCUGGAUUCAGUGGCUUACACCAUAUCUGCAUGCCUGGUCUCUUGCAUCUCUCUUCUCUGCUUUCCUUUAGGUUGGUGCCAUUCUCAAAUGGCCUUUUCCCUCGCAUUGGAAAGAUGACUUGUGGCCAAGAGUUUGAACUGAAGCCCUGAGCAUGGUUCUCAUUGGCUUUUUGUUGAAUCAGUGCUUAUCCUUGAGACAAUCCUUGAAGCUCGCCUGGCCAGAGUCCAGAGUGGAGUCAACAGCAUAUGAAAUAAAUGUUCUGAAAGUCAGGGAGGAAGGGAUUCCCAGAGGCAUAUUAGGGUGCUAUAAAUACAGAAGAAGGGAAUAGCUGCUAGGUGGCCAAGGCAACAAAAUUCCUCUACACUGGCCUGAGUAAAUUAAACAAGGGCCAUCCAGGGAAGAGAAAGGGGUGUCUCCCGAAUAUCAUGUAUUUUCUCCACAUAUAGACAAGUUAAUUUGGGCUAUCAGACUGUUUUAAUAAUGUAACCCUGGACAUUCAGAUUUGGAUGGGAAGAAACAAAAGACAGUUUUGAGGUAUUGGGGACCACCAGGACUGGGCAGACUGGGCAGCCUGAGAAUAGUGUUUGGGAGCCAAGUACCUAGUGAGCAGGGAAUGGGAUGUCAGGUGGGUACAAGGGAGAGCAAAAACUGCUCCUGCUGGGACAAAUUAAAACAAAUGAAAGCAAAAUGUUGUGUGAAAACUUAAGUAGUACAGCAGAGUUCUGUAACCCCCAGCCAGUGACUUAAGAGUGGUGUGUGACAACUGGUUCUCCAUCUUCUGCAGCUUGUUUCCCUUCAUAAUGAUGCUUAUGAUUUGGGAAACAAAAUAUAUCCAAUAGAACUUGUUUACUACCUGCCGACGGCUAGUGCAGUGGAUUAAACUAGGGUCAGCAAACUUUCUGUAUAGGGCCAGAUAGUAAAUAUUUUAAGCUCUGUGGGCCACAUAGGGCCUCUGUCGUACAUUCCUCUUUUUUGUGUUUGCUUUCACAACCCUUUAAUAAUGUAAAAACCAUUCUUAGCUCACAAGUCAUAUGAAAACAGGACAAGGGCCAAAGUUUGCUGAGCCCCAGUAUGGGUUGUGGGGUCUGGUAGACCUGGGUUCCAGUCCUGACUGUGUUGCUUGUGAGCUGUGGGCAUUUUAACCUCUCAGAGACUCAGUUGUCCCAGUUUUUUCAUCUGCAAAGUGAGUUUGGUAAAAGUACGUGUCUCGUAGGGUUACUGUGAAGAUUAUUCAGAAAGUGUCUGUCCUUUGGAAUUAUGGUAUUGGUCCUUUACAUGACACAGUGUGCUUGGUUGGAGGGGUGUAGUGAGGUGGGAGGAGGGAGAUGCAGCCAAGCUCUGAGAGUCUUUGUAAUUUCCAUUGUUCUUCCUCUUUUGAUGGCCUCUUUUUCUCUGUUCUGAGCAACUCUUCAUCAGGUUUUGGGAACUUGGUGCCAAUCUAAGUUUCAUUUCUGGUGUGUUCAGGAAGUGACCCACAUUUUAAUCCAUAUUUGGCAGUAACUGAAAUAAAUUGGCUUGGUUCAUUAUCAACACGCAGAAUAUGUACUUGUUUUGCUUCCAGCCUAAAAUUCCCUCCUUAUCCACUUUUUCACUACAUUCCAAUUCAUCAGCCUAUGAAGACCUCAUGUUAAAGCCAGAAGGAAAGUUGUUUUUUCCUGUUUUAUCAGAGAGAAUGUUUGAAUUGUGGAUUUUUGCUUGUUGAACUUGGUGGAUGGAUGUCAACAGUUAAGAAAAAGGCUGAAUUUCUCCCCAGAGUUUCAGCCCUAUUAUCUACGCUCUGUACAGAUUUAUCUUCAGCGAAGAGGAAAUUUGCCGAUUCCUUAAAUGAAUUUAAAUUUCAGUGCAUAGGAGAUGCAGAAACAGAUGAUGAAAUGUGUAUAGCAAAGUCUUUGCAGGAGUUUGCCACUGUUCUCAGGAAUCUUGAAGAUGAACGGAUACGGAUGAUUGAGAAUGCCAGUGAUGUGCUCAUCACGCCCUUGGAGAAGUUUCGGAAGGAGCAGAUUGGGGCUGCCAAGGAAGCCAAAAAGAAGUAUGACAAGGAGACAGAGAAGUAUUGUGGCAUCUUAGAAAAGCACUUGAAUUUGUCUUCCAAAAAGAAAGAAUCUCAGCUUCAGGAGGCAGACAGCCAAGUGGACCUGGUCCGGCAGCAUUUCUAUGAAGUAUCCCUGGAGUAUGUCUUCAAGGUGCAGGAAGUCCAAGAGAGAAAGAUGUUUGAGUUUGUGGAGCCUCUACUGGCAUUCUUGCAAGGACUCUUCACAUUCUAUCAUCACGGUUAUGAACUGGCCAAGGAUUUCAGCGACUUCAAGAUGCAGCUGACCAUAAGCAUACAGAAUACAAGAAAUCGCUUUGAAGGCACCAGGUCAGAAGUGGAAUCACUGAUGAAAAAGAUGAAAGAGAAUCCCCUUGAGCACAAGACCAUAAGCCCCUACACCAUGGAAGGGUACCUCUACGUUCAGGAGAAACGUCACUUUGGAACUUCUUGGGUGAAGCACUACUGUACAUAUCAGCGGGAUUCCAAACAAAUCACCAUGGUACCAUUUGACCAAAAGUCAGGAGGAAAGGGGGGAGAAGACGAGUCAGUCACCCUGAAGUCCUGCACACGGCGGAAAACAGACUCGAUCGAGAAGAGGUUUUGCUUUGAUGUAGAAGCAGUAGACAGGCCAGGGGUUAUCACCAUGCAGGCACUGUCGGAGGAGGACCGGAGGCUCUGGAUGGAAGCCAUGGAUGGCCGGGAACCUGUCUACAACUCGAACAAAGACAGCCAGAGCGAAGGAACUGCACAGUUGGACAGCAUCGGCUUCAGCAUAAUAAGGAAAUGCAUUCAUGCUGUGGAAACCAGAGGGAUCAAUGAACAAGGGCUCUACCGAAUCGUGGGGGUCAAUUCCAGAGUGCAGAAGCUGUUGAGCGUCCUGAUGGACCCCAAAACAGCUUCUGAAACAGAAACGGAUAUCUGUGCGGAAUGGGAGAUCAAGACCAUCACCAGUGCUUUGAAGACCUACCUAAGAAUGCUUCCAGGACCACUCAUGAUGUACCAGUUUCAAAGAAGUUUCAUCAAAGCAGCAAAACUGGAGAAUCAGGAGUCCCGGGUCUCUGAAAUCCACAGCCUUGUUCAUCGGCUCCCAGAGAAAAACAGGCAGAUGUUACAGCUGCUCAUGAACCACUUGGCAAAUGUUGCUAACAACCACAAGCAGAAUUUGAUGACAGUGGCAAACCUUGGCGUGGUGUUUGGGCCCACCCUACUGAGGCCUCAGGAAGAAACAGUAGCAGCCAUCAUGGAUAUCAAGUUUCAGAACAUUGUCAUUGAAAUCCUGAUAGAAAAUCAUGAUAAGAUAUUUAACACUGUGCCUGAUAUGCCUCUCACCAAUGCCCAGCUGCACCUGUCUCGGAAGAAGAGCAGUGACUCCAAGCCCCCGUCCUGCAGUGAGCGGCCCCUGACGCUGUUCCACGCCAUGCAGUCCACAGAGAAACAGGAACAAAGAAACAGCAUCAUUAACUCCAGUUUGGAAUCUGUCGUCUCAUCAAAUGCAAACAGCAUCCUUAAUUCUAGCAGCAGCUUACAGCCCAACAUGAACUCCAGUGACCCAGACCUGGAUGUGCUCAAACCCACUCGGCCCAACUCACUCCCCCCGAAUCCAAGCCCAACUUCACCCCUCUCGCCAUCUUGGCCCAUGUUCUCGGCGCCAUCCAGCCCUAUGCCCACCUCAUCCACGUCCAGUGACUCAUCCCCCAUCAGCACACCGUUCCGGAAGGCAAAAGCCUUGUACGCCUGCAAAGCUGAACACGACUCGGAGCUCUCGUUCUCCGCAGGCACAGUCUUCGAUAGUGUGCACCCGUCUCAGGAGCCUGGCUGGCUGGAGGGGACUCUGAACGGAAAGACUGGCCUCAUCCCUGAGAACUACGUGGAGUUCCUCUAACCAUGGGCCCUAGCAGAACUGCUGAGCUUUCCAUGGUAUCCAUGACAACUGCUGAGUCCGGUGUUGUAGGUCAUUUCUCUUUGCCACUGAGAAGUGCAGGGUGACUGACUCUGCUGCUACCUGUCAACACGAGUGUUUCUGUGAAUUUUGGUGUCACCCAUCCCCAUGAUCAUCUCAGCUGACAUGCGGUGACAUUGCAAGAAACAGAAGUAAAUCAGCAGGGGAGGCCAUUUGAUUUUGAAAACUGAGAGAAAGGCUGGCAAAGCCGUUUCUCUCAGGCAGCACCCUAAAUGGGAGCGCUCCUUUUGUUUCAACAGUCACCCAAAUUCCCAGCCUUCUGAAAAUGGAAGUAAGGUCUAAGUGGUCCUCAGGAGCAUGCAGGGCUGGGCAAUGGCCCGAGAUCCAGGCUGGGUCCAUUGCUUUUGUUUACAGUAGACACUCUAACCCACCUCCAAAUACUUGAGACCCACAGUGCUGCAGGCAGCUGGGGCUGCUUGUUUGCAUGCAGGACGGAGAGGGCUCACAGCACUGUUUACAUAAGAUCCAAUCUCUCACCAUCUCUAAAACAGCCUUGGCCUAGCAUCAGCAGAAUUCAGUCCAGUCCUCUCAUGCAAAGGAACACACACCCUACGUUCCCCUCCUCCCAAGCUAGGAACUUCUCUCGCUGAGGGCUGCUAUCACCUCGUAACCAUGGCAACCCAACCUACUCUAAAACCAAACCAAAAAAAAUAAUAAUAAUAACACACUCUCUUUGCAUGACAUUUUUCUUCCCCC